AUGGAAGACAAUCCAGAUGCACGGGUUUUUAUAGAAGUGCCUACAGAUAAUUCAUUAAAAGAUUUUAACACAGAAGAGUUUGUGAGCACUACCAACAAAAGAUUAAAAUGUCCAGAAUGUAAUCGGUAUUCGGCAGUAAAUGAAGAGCAGCUAACACGACAUAUAACAAAAGUCCACCGUGGUGAAAAUCCUUUUCAAUGCUCAAUGUGCGAUUACAGUACUUGUAAUAAAGUGUUAUUUGAGGAGCAUGUUCGCAUUCACCAAGGGAUAAAACCAUACAAAUGCUCGUUUUGCCCACAUACAAAUGUGUCAAAGAAAAAUCUUAAGAAACAUGAGCUUAUUCAUCGACCGGACAAUCCUUUAAAAUGUCCAAACUGCCCCCAUAUAGCAAAACAUAGAAGAGCACUGGCAUGUCACAAGAAGAAGUGUAAUGGAAACAAUAAAUUGAAGUGUAAAUCCUGUGAAAAAGUGUUUUCUGAAGAGUCUCUAGUGUCACAUAGAAAAGUGUUGAAAAAGUGUGAUCAGUGUUCGUACAAAGUUUGUACUAAAAAUUUGCUCUCAGUACAUAAAGUAAUGGAACAUGGAAAGCAGGAUAAGCGCUAUAAAAAGUCAAAAAUGGAUAUUUUUAAGUGUGCGAUCUGCAAAUGGUCUUCGAACAGCAAACCAAGAAUUCUUCUGCAUCUGAUCCAUCAUCCCAAUCAAAAAAUUAAGUGUAAAGGAGAAGGAGAACAUCAGUUUACAAACCAAAUGCAUUUUUCAAUUCGGCCAUUUCAAUCAAAACGACUGAGUAUUCUCAGCAGUAGUCGGAGCUGGGAAGUUCGCGGUGUUUCACCUACGUGCCUCGGAGAGCACGUAAAGCCGUCGGUCCUGCGCAUUAAAUCUCACCGGUCGUAUCUAAGUAUCGUCCCACCGGACUUUGAGAGUAAAAGGAAUAGAGAGUGCAAGUUAUGUCUGCACUAUAAUAUCUCCUGCAGUCGGGUGGUCUCAGUGAGAUUUCCGCUGUGGCCGAAAUCGAUCGGAAUUACAUUAAUAAUCAGAAUGAUAAUU